AAAGCCUUGUCCAUUGACACAGACAAGCUGAAGCUUGUGAAGGUGUGUGUAAUAUAGCGGAUUUACUGGUCACUUUGGAGCCUUGUGAUUGUAUUUGUGAUUUUACCAAGAGCUACGAGCAGACAACAAGUGGACGAUAGUAUGAGUCUAUGCUAUCAUUGUGGUGUGAAGACUUAGGACGAUUAUUGUUGUUACGUCACCAGAAGAACAGAACUCCAGAUUCCACCAAAUCAGGUCCCAUGCAUGCUCAAAUGAAAGCCAACUUGCCUCCUGUCCUCCAAGUGAUCCUGGUAUUUCAUGGCAGCAACAACAACAACAACAGCAGCAGUCCUUGAGCGUUGUAACGACAGUAUGGGGCUCGGUACAGCCGAAUAAUACAAACCCUAUGAGCAACAAUGCACUCACACCUGGAGGCACUGGCACACAGACUAGUAUGUCCAACCAUCAGUUUCCGCAGCAAAAUCAUCCAUUUACUGCUGCCGCCACCAAUUCACAGAAACAGUACACUCCACAAAAUAUGGGGGGCUACAAUAGGAGAGAACCACAGGGCAUGUACGGACGUCCAAAUAGGGAUGAAAUGAUGCAGUAUGCUAGUAAUAUGUAUGAAGGCAUUGGCAGUGGGUACAUGCAGGGACCAAAUGGACCUGCACAAAUUCCUCAGCAAGGCAGUAAUGAUCAAUUCUCAGAACCGGCAGCAGCAGCAGCUGCCGCAGCGGUAGCAGCAGCUGCCGCAACUGCAACUGCAACGGCAACAGCAACUGUAACAGCAAUGAAAGGCCAGCAGCAGCAACAACAGCAACAACAACAACAGCAGCAACAACAGCAGCAACAACAGCAACAACAACAGCAGCAGCAACAGCAACUUGGGGAUUAUGGGCCGCAGAUACCACGGCAACCAGGGUACAAUCCUCAAUAUUCUGUUCCAAAUCAGCAAGGUCCAAUGCCAGGGAACUUUAAGCAAGGUUUUUAUACUGGACCACAAAUGAAUCAAAGGCCACAAUGUCCACAGCAAUAUCCCAUGAAAAGGCCAAACCCCUCACAACAAAAUUAUCCACAACAGUAUGGUCCAAAUAGGCAGUACUUACCACAGCAACUGCCUCCAGGGGCGGCCAUGCCAAAUUCAUAUCAAAAAACACCCCAACCAGGCUACCCAAAUCAACAGCCGAUGCCCUCACCCAAUUACCCUGGACAGAGGACACUUACAACACCAGGGAAUUAUGGGAAUCAACCAAACCAGUACUAUGGCCCAGGUAACUACAAUGGUGGACAACCAAUGGCGCCAGCAUAUCAACAACAACAACAGCAGCAACAACAGCAACAACAAAUGAAUUACAAUCCAGGAGCAAGGGGUAUGGGUUACCAGCCCUCGCCUGGCAUGCAGAACAAUCCAACUCCUCCUAUGGGGCCUGGAGCACAGAAUAUCCCUCCAGCAUAUCUUUCGUCUCCAGGAGCGCCUCCUAGUGAUAAGUUUGGUCCUGAUAUCAAGCCUCCUGUAAUGCCACCACCCGUUAAUGAUGAGAUGCGUUUAACGUUCCCAGUACGUGAUGGUGUAGUGCUGGUGCCAUUCCGAUUAGAACACAAUUUGGCUGUUAGUAAUCAUGUCUUCCACCUUCGACAAUCAGUGCAUCAGACGUUAAUGUGGAGGUCUGAUCUUGAACUACAGUUUAAGUGUUACCAUCAUGAAGAUCGACAGAUGCAUACUAACUGGCCAGCGUCUGUGGCGGUUAGCGUCAAUGCCACACCAUUACACAUUGAAAGAGGAGAGAAUAAAACGUCUCAUAAACCACUCUACUUAAAAGAAGUUUGUCAACCGGGGCGGAAUACGAUCCAGAUAACAGUCUCUGCGUGUUGUUGUUCUCAUUUAUUUGUGCUUCAGUUGGUACACAGACCAACGGUUAGGUCAGUACUGCAAGGGCUACUUAGAAAGAGACUAUUGCCCGCCGAACACUGCAUUACGAAAAUAAAGCGCAAUUUCACAAGUGUGGCGGCAUCCAGUGGUGGUUCGUUGAACGGCGAGGAUGGUGUUGAACAAACUGCGAUAAAAGUCUCUUUAAAAGAUCCAAUCACAUUCAGGAGGAUAACACUGCCCUCUAGAGGCCAUGAUUGUAAACAUAUCCAAUGCUUUGAUCUAGAGUCUUACUUACAACUCAACUGUGAAAGAGGUUCAUGGAGAUGUCCUGUUUGCAAUAAAACUGCAUUGUUAGAAGGAUUAGAAGUUGACCAGUUUAUGUGGGGUAUAUUGACUGCUGUGCAAUCAGCCGAUUUUGAGGAAGUGACAAUAGAUGCAUCAGCGAGUUGGAAACCUGUGCCGGUGAAACCAGAUAUGAACAUAAAAGAGGAAGACCCAGAUCUUACAUGCCAGUCAGCCAAGCGGUUUAAACCAAAUAUGUCACCGGGAAAUAUGAAUAUGGCUAAUCUUCACAAUUUUGAUCCUAUGGUUCCGUCACCGUUCUCAUCAGUACCCCCUGGAGCACCAGAAUAUGCAGGUGGUGGAAAUUACGAUUUUAAUUUUCCCAAUAUAGGUCCAGGCUCCGUUCCCACGCCAGGACCUGGGGGGCAGUCGUUACGAGGAGGCCCCAGUCCGGCUGGUUCACAAUACGGAAAUGCAUAUGAGCAGUUCCACAGUCCAGGGCAUCCGUCACAAGGGCCUCCCAUGCCUCCAAGUAAUUAUGUAGGUCCGCAAGCACCAAAUACAUUCAGCAAUAUGCCUGGAAGGCAGACGUUGUCACACUUUGAUGAUGGGAUAGCGAGUAGUGACCUGGUAUCAGUGGAAAAACAAAUUAACCCAAGUAUACCACAGCAGAUGAGGCGAUCAAGGAUUAACCAAGGAAUAACGACACAACCACUUCGGCACCCUCCUGAUAUGCCAACGCCAUCACCUCAGCAACCACUCACACCACAGCAACCAACCCCACAACCACCACCGCAGCAACAACAGCAGCAGCAGCAGCAGCAGCAGCAACAACAACAACAACAGCAGCAGCAGCAGCAACAGCAAUCAAAUAAUGGACCAAGAACGCCGCAGACUCCACUCAUGCAGAACCCCCACACACCCCAACCAGUAAAUCAACAACCAACAACAGUGUCACAACAACCACACACACCACAUCCACAGCCUCAUACGCCUCACACUCCUCAACCACAGCAGUCAGCGCCACCAUCCUCACAAAGUCAACAACAGCAACCCCAAGGAAAUCAGGGGCUGAAUCAAGGAAAUAACCAAACUGGAAACAACAACACAAACAACAAUAGUAGUACGUCAAGUAAUGUCUGUCCUCCAGCAAAUACACCAACAACAAACAGUGCAACAAACGAUCUUGGAUUCGAUCCUGGUAUUGUUAUUGACCAGAGUGAAGGCCAUGAAGACUUAGAUCUGCUUCCAGAAAAUGUGGUUGACCCAAAUGAAUUAUUAUCUUAUCUGGGACCUCCUGAUUUACCAAAUAACGGUGACACAAGUGAAGACUUGCUAUCUCUCUUUGAUGCAUAGUCACAUUGGUACAUUUUGCACACAAAAGAUUAGUUGUUGCUGUCGCCAUGGAGACACUUAACUAUGGACAAUUUUCCACAGCAGUGUACAUGCUUCUACCAUGUAAAGAGCAAAGCUUGCCAGCCCUGGACAAGAAUUUGACUUUUUUGUGCUCACCGACCAGUGCAGAUGUAGUAGAUGCUUAUGGUGCUUGUUUGUUUCCACCACUGAAGUAGUUUUUGUAUUUGUUCCAUACCUUGCUUUAAAUAUACGGAUGUGACUGCUCAUUGUCAGCAAAACAAAUAUGCGUGUAGUUUAAAAUUGCCAUAAAUGGACAAUUUGCUUCAGCUUGUUACUACAGCAACUUUAAGAAGAAGCUGCCAUUUUGUGUCAUUUUAGUGUAAAUGUGAAAUACGAGACUGAAGCUCCUGUCAACACUGACAUAUCAAGGGGGAAUUAUGAUUGGCUAAUGUUGUAGUUGCCGAACUGCCGAAAACUUUGAAAACCAGCUGCAACCCAGAAUGCACUGCUCACAGUUGCUAUGGAUCAUGUACAAAUAAACAGGUUGCAAAGAAUUAAUUACGGCAAGGCAGUAUGCGGUACCUCCAAUGGAGGAUGAAAAUACAACAGUAUUUUGUACAUAAACAUGAGAAAAAACAUGACAAUAUUGAUGUCAUGCAUAGGAAAACUACAGAAAAUCAAAACUUCUAGAGUUUGAAAGAAAAAAAUAAAGAAAGAGAAAGUCUAUGUUUCAAACA